GGCCGCGCGGGCCGCGCCGCGCCGCGGGGGCUGCAGCCUGGACGCGGCCGAGAGCCCGGCGGAGCCGGAGCCGGAGGACAUGGAGGGCGGGGGCGCGCCCUCAGGCCGGGGCCCCGCCGGGCCCGGCGCCGGCGGAGUGCUCCGCGAGCUGUGCCGCGGCUUCGGCCACUACAACCGGCACCUGGCGCGGCUGCAGCACAACCUGCGCGAGACCAAGAAGUUCUUCCGCGACAUCAAGUAUUCCCAGGGGCCGCCCUUCCCCCCCGCCGACGGGGAGCCGCCGCCCGCCGCCGCCGCCCACAGCGCCCCCGGCGGCAGCGCUGACACCCCCGGGCAGCUGAACUUCAUUUCCUUCCCCCGCCAUGAGGAGGAGUAUCUCCAAUUGACAGUGAACUGGCAUCCCUGUCUUCUAAUCCUUGGUCAGAACUGUAACGCCAAAUGCCAACUGCUCAACAUGCUGUUGGGCGAGAAGCUGCUCCCCACCACCAAAAUCAGCAGCGAGGAGAAUUGCAAGAGGCGGCGAAUCCGCUUCACGCAUGGGACACAAACACGGAUUAGCCUGGCUCUGCCAGGGCAGUACGAACUGGUUCAUAUGUUGGCAGCCCAUCAAGGGCAGUGGGACACGAUACCAGAGGAGGAUUUGGAAAUCCAUGGGGACAGUGAGGAUCCAGCACAUCGAAUAGCAGAGCUGGAGGUGACGCUGCCUUACUCGCUGCUAAAGGAAGUGGAUAUCGUGGUGGCCCCGUGCCGGGGGUUCCAGUCUGCCGAGGUCACUUUGGGAGAGUAUGUGAACCAUGUUUUGCCUGUUAUCACCUUUGCCAUCAGUGAGGCUGAACUUUCAGCAUCGGACGAAAAUGAACUGCGGGAAAUCAAGGAAAAAUACGCUCUACCUGUUUUCUUUUUCAAAGUGCCAGAAUUGGGUGCUGAGCUCAUCUCGCCCAAAAAGGUUGAGAAUGAGAAGUCCUCCCUCUACUGCCAGCUAAUGGACCUUGAAUACCUGAGUAUCAACCACUGCAGCUGUGGAGCACCCACUUCUGAUGCCAAAGCCCAGAGCAUGCUGGUAGAACAGUCUGAGAAGCUGCGUCUCCUGAGUAUUUUCUCCAGGCAGGUGCUGCAAAAACAUCUGGUAGAUGCAGCCACCCUCCUGAACCUGGUGCACAGCCGUUGCCUGGACAUCUUCAUCAAUCAGGCUUUCGAUAUGCAACGAGACCUGCAAAUCACUCCAAAGAGGUUGGAGUACACUCGUAAGAAGGAGAACGAGCUAUUUGAAUCCUUAAUGGGCAUUGCCAACCGCAAGCAAGAGGAGAUGAAGGAUAUGAUCAUAGAAACUCUAAACAACAUGAAAGAAGAGCUCCUUGAAGAUGCUGCUAAUAUGGAGUUCAAAGACAUUAUAAUUCCUGAGAAUGGGGAGCCUGUUAGUUCCAAGGACAUUAAAUGCUGUAUUAAACAAAUCCAGGAAUUGAUCAUUUCCCGGCUAAACCAAGAGGUUGCCAACAAACUGAUAAGCUCUGUAGACUACUUGCGUGAAAGCUUUGUAGGGACUCUGGAGAGAUGUCUGAGGAGCCUGGAGAAGUCUCAGGAUGUUUCGGUUCAUAUCACAAGCAAUUAUCUCAAACAGAUCCUAAAUGCAGCCUAUCAUGUUGAAGUCACUUUUCACUCUGGCUCAACAGUUACCAGGAUGCUGUGGGAACAGAUCAAACAGAUUAUUCAGCGGAUUACAUGGGUGAGCCCACCUGCCAUCACUACAGAGUGGAAGAGGAAAAUAGCUCAAGAUGCUAUUGAGAGUCUCAGUGCUUCCAAGCUGGCCAAGAGUAUCUGCAGUCAAUUUCGGACCAGGCUAAACAGCUCUCACGAAGCUUUUGCAGCCUCUUUGCGCCAGCUAGAGGCUGGCCACUCAGGCAGACUGGAGAAAACAGAAGAUCUUUGGUUGAAGGUGCGGAAAGACCAUGCCCCAAGACUAGCACGCCUCUCGCUCGAGAGCAGGUCCCUGCAGGAUGUGUUGUUACAUGGCAAACCAAAGCUAGGCCGUGAGCUGGGCCGAGGGCAGUAUGGAGUGGUGUAUUUGUGUGAUACCUGGGGGGGGCAUUUCCCCUGCGCACUCAAAUCGGUUGUCCCCCCAGAUGAGAAGCACUGGAAUGAUCUUGCACUUGAGUUUCACUAUAUGAGGUCUCUACCAAAGCAUGAGCGGCUGGUAGACCUCCAUGGAUCUGUGAUAGAUUAUGGCUAUGGGGGAGGCUCCAGCAUUGCUGUCCUCCUGAUAAUGGAGCGGUUGCACAGAGACCUCUAUACAGGACUAAAGGCUGGCUUAGAGUUAGAGCCACGACUGCAGAUUGCCCUGGAUGUAGUCGAAGGGAUCCGGUUUCUUCAUAGGCAGGGGCUUGUUCAUCGGGACAUCAAACUGAAAAAUGUAUUGCUUGACAAAAAGAACCGGGCCAAAAUCACAGACCUAGGAUUCUGCAAGCCUGAAGCCAUGAUGUCCGGCAGUAUUGUGGGGACACCCAUCCAUAUGGCCCCUGAGCUCUUCACAGGGAAAUAUGAUAACUCGGUGGAUGUUUAUGCAUUUGGUAUUCUGUUUUGGUACCUCUGUUCGGGACACGUGAAAUUACCUGAGGCCUUUGAGAGGUGUGCGAGCAAAGAUCAUCUUUGGAACAAUGUUAAAAGAGGAGUACGCCCAGAGCGCCUCCCUGUAUUUGAUGAGGAAUGCUGGCAGCUGAUGGAAGCUUCCUGGGAUGGAGACCCUUCCCAGCGUCCUCUCCUGGGCAUUGUCCAGCCUAUGCUGCAGGGGAUCAUGGACAGACUCUGCAAAUCCAGCUCGGAGCAGUCUAACAAAGGGCUGGAUGAUUCUACUUGAAGGAAUCCUGAGAGAGCUGUUUUAAUAUGGGAGGACUCUGACCCUUACUUGCAGGUGGCUUCUUAAGAAGUAGCUCUUUCUGGGUAACAGGAGUUGGGUGGGAGAUGUCAACCAAAAGACUGCUCUCAAAGGUGAGAGACUUCUGGACAUGCCAUUUUGGGUGGUAGCCAGACAAAUUCCACUCUAGUACGCACUAUUAAUGCAAGUUACCCUGCUCUCACCCCCACUUUUAUUUCAAAGAUGAGUAAAUAAAUAAAAGAUGGAGAACAUAAGCCUCUUGGACUGAAAGGGAUCUCUGCUAAUCCCCUCAAGACUGAAAAGAGAAGCAUCUCAGGCUUCAGGUAGCAGCUGGAUUGCAAGGAACUGCAGUUCUUUCUUGGUGGUAGCAGAUUUAAACAAUUUCCAUCUCUUUCCUCCCCUGUAUGCUGCUAGCUGUGGUUGGCCUUUAGUCUCUCUACCAGCUUCCCUCAUCUAUGGAGUUUGGAUGUAUGGGGCAGGGAUUAACUACCUUGUUGGGGGAGAGGGAUUAUAAUAGAUGAGGAGGAGUGUCUCUGUAUUAGCUUCUAACACUUGGCAUGUUUACAUUUGACAGGAUCCAAGAAUCCAUAUCUACCUAAUGGGGGAGUUUCCACUGUUACAGCAGUGAAAAUACCCCGAGUCAUAAGCUAUUUGACAAGUUCCACUCCCCUCCUUUUCUUUGUUUUGCCGUUACCCCAAAACUCCUUUUUGUAAACUGAAUUCUUGCUUAUGGUAACUUUUGCUUAAUAGUGGUUCUUGAAGUCUCUGAAAGGGCCUUGGUUUCUUCUACAGUCUUUUGGCAAGACAGCUGAGAUCAUUCAGAGAAAUUGCACAUGGUAUUCUAGAAACACAAAAAGGUCAUUAGUAACUAAUGACUGCUAUCCAAACCCACUGGGAAAAUACCAGUUUGUGGCUUUUAACUAAAAUGCUUCCCUUUGCUUUGAACCAAGUGUAAAGGCAACAACAGUUUUAAAUUCUGCUAUACUAUUGAGAGACAUUUUAAAUAAGGUUUCUUCAACUUUUUAAGUCCAUUAGCUUGGUGAAAGAGUAUCCAAGGGAAAACGGGUCUGUUGUUCUUCAGUGACUGCGCCUGGGUGGCUGUCAGUUCCUCUAUCUCUUCACUUUGGGAUUUGCAUUUUGGCGGCGAUUCGGCUGUUUUAGGGGCCUCAUUCAGGGAGAGGGUGGCAUAGGACAGGCCUCCUCCCCACUGAAAUGAAGGUUUCUUCCUGAAAGCACACAUGCACAUACCUUUGCCACAAGGAUUCAUUUGCAUUUCUUGGGCAAGUUUUGGUCUUUAAUUUUGAAGUAGCUAUGAGGGAGGGGGCUAAAUUGGAGAAUGCACCUUGGUAUAAUAUGUGAGGAAGCUGAGUAGCUGGUAGUUUGUCCCUGGACACAUCUGCACCCUCCCAUUGCAAGGGCUGGGAAUGCAGUAGCUUUAUUUUUAAUAGGAAAGUUAGCAUGCCUUGUGUAAAAUCAUGCAGGCAUGUGAAAUUAUUACACCUUGCUGCUGGAAUUUUACUGGGUGGUACAAAGCAAAACUACAGCCAAUAACCUGUUGCCAGUUAAACAGCUUGAACAAAGUAAAGGGAUAGAUAAUCCUGCAGUGGUACUCAACAGCCUAGUUUAACCCUUUUUCUGUGUGCAAUAAAACUGAAAUAAUGCUUUUAAACAAAAAAGACUGCUUUUGACUUAACUACACACAGUGGGCAUUCUCUGGCCUGUGGUGGCAUAAAAGCUGGAUGGCUCCAUACACAUCGCAGCUUCUACAGUAACUUGAACUGAAAUGGGUGGCAACUGCAAACCACAUACAUAAAGAGAACUGAACUUUUUCUCAAAAUAGGAAUAUUGCUAGAAACUUCUGUUGCUUUGGUGCAUAUUUAUGCCACCAGUGACUUUAGCAGUAUUAAUUGGAUAUCUGUUUACUGUGUGCUCAGGUGACUAGUAACCUUAUUUUCAAACUGGGAGAGUUUUUCCAGGUCAGUCUCUUGCAGCUAUAGAAAUAGUUUGUGCUUAAAAAAAAAUAAAAUAAAAUGUAAAUGUCUUGUAUAGCUUCCCCCAUGUGGCCACUUCAUGAAUCUUACCUUGUGCCUUUUUAAUGCAGGCUCCCAUCUCUUUCAGAGUCUCAAUUCCCUAAGAUUUUUCCUAUAUUCACAACACACAAGCCAACACUUGCCUUCCCCCUCCCACAUUUUAGUAUAGCCACUUCCUUGUUGGUUGCAUAAUUUGUCCACAACCUGACUUAUUUUUUUUCUUUGUUUGUUUCAUAGCAGAUAUCCAUGUGCGUGAAUCCAAAUAAUGGUACCUUUUUUCAUUAGAGCAAAGUAAAACCAAGUUGCAUGGAUAAUCUCAUUAAAAGCUCUGCUAGGUAAUUGUGUAACCAAAGCCACUUGUAUUGUUUGAGUUCAAUUCCAGCAGGCUGAAAGGCAGAGUAGCUGUUAAUUUUGUGUAAUUUUGACAAUUUAACAUGGGUAGGUGCUUUUAUUUCUACCCUAUGAAGCCACCUUUUAUAGCCUCAGAAUGAGCAGAUGUUAAAUGUACUGUAUCUUGGACACUAGAUUGUAAAACGUACUUGCGAACUGUAACUUAACAGGUACUCUGGCUCUUGUAUGUGGGCCCAAAUCAGUGAUGAGUGCCAGGGUCAGUGUCAUUCCAUCUUUUUUUAUCCUCCUCCCCCCCCCCUCCCAUUUUUAUAAAAGAAAACCAACAAAAGAUGGCUCAAUUGCUCAUUAAUCCUAGGGUGCCUUUUUUUUAUGUGCACAUUGCAAAAUUCUCUUGGUGCAAAAUCCAAACGAUUGGAAACCAAUCCAUUCUACCUACUUGCUUUCAUAUCUGGCCCUUAUAAAGACCACAGGUGGAGAUUUAAGCCUCAAAGGAUUUAAAUGUCUGCUAAAAUGCACUGAGGCUACCCUGAGCUGGAAUGGGUGCUCCAGUAUAAGCUGUUUUUUUUAGUCAAGAAGGUGGAAGCCUGUGAUGCAUAGGAUACAACUUGUUUACUGAGCAGACAUAGCUGCCUAGUUAAGCUACAAGGCAGCUCUUCAGCUGUUGCUCUCUUCUGGAAUGUCUUUGGCCAGAUGCUCCAAACACUACAUGUGGUGGGAUGAACUGGAAGAAAAUGCUUUCAGUGCUGUGGAAGAUUGGAUCAUAGCUGUCCUGGAGAACUUCUGCUUUGGCUCUUUGCUGACUGGCUGCUGCUGCUGCUUACUGUGCAUUGCUGGCAAUUGAAUCUUUAUAUCCUGAGGGGCUCUUUUAAGGGGUGGCUGCUGCUGGGUUGGGAUAGGGUAUUUUACUUGAACCUAAUUCUGAAGAUUUAAAGUGGACAGCUUGCAAGAACUUUAUAGCUAAAAUGCAAGCUGUUCCAUAUCCUUCACUCACUUUGACUGGUGUUGCUAUCCUCUUCCCCUCGAAGGCAAGAGAUUCGUUUAUCUGGCUGUAGUUUAUGUAUGGAGACAAGUUCUCUCCUGGAAGGAGUAACUGUUCUUAGCCAUGUUUUCCUCUUAAAUUUUUUUUUUUCAUAUUGCGUUCUCGGGACUUGCUGAUCUUGGAUGUAGAACCUCUAGAAGUAACUCUUGUCUUCAAGACACUAACCUGUCCUCUCCAGGAAAAAAAAAUAGGAGUCCAUCAGCGUUAAACACCCUCAGGGGCUUAAAGUAGCACUACUGUUUCUUGAAAGCUUUUUAACUUUCUGUCCUCCUCAUUUGGGCGUCCUCUUGAGCAAAGAUUGUUAAAUGGUGAAAACUGUUAUAUAAUUUUGGGUCAGGGGAGCAAGUGAGAAAUUGGUACUGUACAGAUCCAUUGUAAUGCCCUUAUACUUUUGUAUUUUCCUUUUUUAUUUUAAAGGACUGAUGUAUAUUACAGUGUUAAAACAUAACAAACUUACCAAGUGUAUAGGAAAAAGUGCAAUAACCAGGAGAAAUGAAAUAAUGAGCAAAUUUAAAUGUUUCCAUGGUAUUAUAACUUUUUUUUUCUGUAGUACUAACUAACUUCCUUUCUGUACCAGGUCCACAUGUAUUUUAAGAGACGCGACUGUGGGUUAAGACUUAAUUUAGUGCCAUUUAUGACUUGUCUGUUUUAUAGGUAUGAUAUUGUCUAGUAUGUGCAGAAUGUCGUGCUUUUAUUAUAAAGAUGACAUUAACGUUU